GAAGGGACAGAGCUCGAAGGAGAUGUCGGGACGAGGCAAGGGAGGUAAGGGUUUGGGAAAGGGAGGUGCAAAGCGCCACCGCAAGGUCCUCCGGGACAACAUCCAGGGCAUCACCAAGCCCGCCAUCCGGCGUCUCGCACGGCGUGGUGGCGUGAAGCGUAUCAGCGGUCUCAUCUACGAGGAGACAAGAGGCGUGCUCAAGAUCUUCCUGGAGAACGUUAUCCGCGACGCCGUCACCUACACGGAGCACGCUCGCCGGAAGACCGUCACCGCCAUGGACGUUGUCUACGCUCUCAAGCGCCAGGGCCGCACCCUCUACGGCUUCGGUGGUUAGAGCCAACGUUUUCGGGCUCGGCCUUAAAAUUUGAUGUUAUUAUCCCUUUUUUCCUUUUCUCUUUUCAGUUUUUUUUUCCCCAACAAUGUUCUUGAUGCUCAAGUAUGUUCAGUUUUGUAUGAAAACUUUUGGGUGCCGAUGGAACUUUUCUUUUGGUAAAUUUUGUUCGUUGGCUGCAU